GCCGAUAAGUUGAAUAUUUUCUUCCCUUGGCUGGGGAUUCUUUCUUCUAUUUGUCCGAUCCGGUUGGAAGCUCUCGUUUGGCCCCCCUAAUUCCAACCGGCUUGAGUACUCCACACUCUUUCGAUAGUAGCACACAGGGACGGAUGCACAAAGAGCAAGGAUUGCAAAAUGACAAGGUGAGUCUGUUUAACUUUGGAUUGCCUCCCGGACUGGCUGGAGCAUGGAUGACUGGUUUUUUUGCUAAUCUGUGGGUGAAGGGGAGAAGCCGGCUCAAUUCGAAUAACCCCGCCUGACAGGAAAGACAGCGAGCAAGCAAAUCUAUCGCCGGCAGAGUUAAGCUUCAGAUCUAGUAUCGGGAAUGAAUUUUUUCAUCGGUACGUUGCCAUAGCGUUGCCACCACAGCCUUGAAUGGUUGCUAACACAAUCUUUCCUAUAACAGGGGGUCUGAGCUAAUAUAGUCUUGGACUUUUUAAUGCUUCACUUUUUGCUGGUCUAGUUGUUUCGCGGAGGGGAAAUCAUGGGGAUUUCUGUUCGAGGAUCGAUGGUAUACAUCCGGGGACCGAUACUAUGUGCUCGAGGAUCGAUGACCUCACGAGGGAUAUUAAACUGGGGUUUCAACUUGCACAGUCGAUUUCUAUAGGCACAGCGUAUGCCACCGCCAAAGCGAUUUCUGGAGAGAAGGAUGCCAUCGAUAAAUGGGUGGUGGACAUUGAGAAGUUUUUUAAGUCUGGCGGUAAAGAUUGGGAUGCGGUUAGGGGUUUUGUGGAGGUUGUCGGGAAAGAGGAGAAUAGGAAGAAAAAUUCUUAA